AUGACCGGCAAAAUGGAACGAGUCCCCUAUCCCCCUCGCUCCACCGCUUCAUCUGCUGGCACCGCUCUGCCUCUCGGUGAACCGAGUCUGCCUCUUGGGGUCGCGGACGAGUACAACCCCCUCAUUCCGAACGACUACGAGGAGCUGGCUCGCCAGCGCCGUGAAAAACGGAAGGCCGAC